AUGAGAUCACUUCCACCACCACGCAUUACAAGAAAGAGAAGAUGGAAAAGGAUAAAGCGAGCUCUUAAGAACUUCUUCACGAAGGGCUAUGUCAGUGAUCCAGGUGCAUUUGUAUCGCAUGCAAACACAAGCAAUAAGAGGUCUGUAUCGACUAUAAAGAAGUCCAGACUAACCUCAAGGUUUAGGCGAAAGAACUUUACUGAUGGAGUAGGACUUCGCGAUGGCGCUAAUAUGGGAAUGAGGACUGUGGGAACUUUAGGAAGACUCGCCUCUAAAGCAUCCGUGCCUCUUAUGCGUCCAAUCACCAGAACUAAUCUGGUAAAUUUGACUGUAAGUUUCUGA